AUGUUGCAACACAGUGUUGCAACAUCAAAUGUUGCAGCAUUUCAAUUGCGGGACCCAUCUUUAUUAAAUACAACAAAUGGUGGUAAUUUGACACCAUUAGAUAAAAUACCUAAAACACAA